GAACAAAUUUUAAUCAAUGUUAGAAUUGUCAAGUGCAGAGUCAAAUAUUGAUAUACUCAUCUAAAUAUAUGCAUAAUUCGUGAUAUAAAAAUGCAACACUCAACUAAUUGAUAUUUUUGAACAUUUUAGUGCUACUUAAUUAAAUUGACGUUAAAGAUAUGAUAUUAAAUCAUGUUGAUUGAUUUUUUCAAUUUUUUUAUACUCAAAUUAGUUGUAUAACCUAUAAAUGUGUCAAGUAACAUGGCUUCGUGGAUUACGGUGACACCGCGACUUGAACGAGGUUUGAAAAUAACAAAUCAAGUAGAUAACAGUAAAUUCCGUUUAUUAAUAAAUCGCAUUUGUCAGACACUUCAAUUGAGUGUUAAUACAAGAAUAUUCAGUGAAGAAGAAGAGGAGAAACUAUUGGUGUCCUUGGAUGUGAAUAAGGAUGAUUUAGUUUGUCUUUUAGAUACGAUAAUAUUAAUUUAUAAGCAAGCUACGUGCAACAUUAUAAAACCACAGUUAAUGGAAAGUACCUUGAAGGACACUUUUAAGAUAAAUGAUGAGAAAGUCCAAAUAUUUUUAAAUGCAUGGAUUACAUAUGGUAAAGGGAUAAUUGAUCAUUUUAGACAGAUAUCUAUAUUUCCUGUUCAGGUUAAAGACAUUGAUUGGUGUUUAAAUAUUCAAGCUGCAUCUUCUUCCAUUAAAAAAGAUGUGCGACCAAUGUCGUUAUUGCAGUUAAAUUUGACAGGAGAAGAAGAAUCUAAAUUAACAGUGGAGUUUGAUAAGAAAGAACUCAUAGAUCUAUAUAAUAAUCUAGAAAAAAUACAAUCCCAAUUAGAUGCUUUCAAAUAGUGUACACAAUUAUGUGAUGGCUGAUCGAGCGACGGUAACGAUAAUGUCACAUUAUCGGAAACAAAGGUGAACAUCUCAAACGGGACGCUUAACAGUAAGAAUUGUCUACUUAGAGUUAAUUUUAGCAUGUAAUUUAAUAUAAUGAGUAUGUAGAAAGUGCGUAUCGUAUAAUAAAAAAAAAAUUUUAUUAUGUAAUCUUCGUAAUGUCAUCGGUACGUUGACUUCUUGUUUAGCAACACGUUGACCACAGAUUAGCCAACUGAUUUGUUAACGGUUCCGUGAUGAGUCUAAUCGUUAUUAACUGGGGUCUUCUAAACGACCUAUUUCGCUUAACAAAUAAAUAUUCUUAGCCUUAAACAUUAGAAUUCCUAUGAGUAGUCUUUUUAAAUAGUUACUAGCUAACGCGUCUCAGAUCUAAAGUUACGCGUGAGGACGAACGAAGAGCACGAACGCUUUUUCCCUGGUUACUCUUUUGCAGCAGAGCAAUUUGUGGAAUUGUUCUGCUGUUCGUCAAAACGUCUUGAAUUAAUCGGCAUCGCUUUGAAAAAACUUUCGAAUCCACCGUCUUGUUAAAGAAGUAAAAAAAGAAAGGAGAAAGAAAAGGAGACGGAUUAUAAGUCGGCGAACUUCGAUGGCGAUCAUUUUUUCAAAGCUCGAGCACUUUCCCUGUCAAUAGCGACUUUCGACAAUAAAUAAUACGACGAAUGAUAAUAAAUGUGCCAGAGUGCUCGCAAAAAGGCUUACACACACAAUACGGUUUCGUGUACCUACUAACGCGGCUACUAACUAUGCUAAAUGCGAAAUCAUUUGAGCGUAGACCUGCCGUUGAGCAUAUAAAUAAGAAAGGGUGAAUGACAUUGAGUGAUAGAUGUUAUUUAACGAGUGAGCUGAGCUUCUUAAGCGUGCCAUCGACGAGGAUAAAAAAAAGACAUUACGCUUGAAAUGUAGUUUAGUGAGCACAGAGAGAUGCAUGAUGGCGUGCUUGACAAAUAAGAUAAAGAAUUUAAUGAUUACGGAUGAAAUAAUUAUUAUUGAUGGAACACAAUCUCGCUGGAUAUUUACCAUUUAACGUUCAUUUUAAUGGUACAUGUAUGAGAAAACCGGACGGCAUAAUUAAUUGCUCAUUAAUUGCCAGGUUUCGACUAGCUAGGCAUAACGAUCUAAUAAAUCCUCGUGGAGGUUUAUCAAGAAAUUGCAAGGGAAACAAUGGAGCAAGACAACGAUAAAUUAAGAUGAUCUAACACUAAUCGAUGCAAAUGCAGUAUAUACGGUAACAGUACGCUAGGUAACGACUAAGGAAUCUUAUUGUUGCAAACAUAACAAUGGAUUCCUUAGAAAAAAUUGAGGAAAAAAUGCUAAAUCGGACAUGAUAAAUCUCAUUUAAACAAAAAUUGCAAACUGAAACGGACAUACUUUUUUUUUAUACAUAUGUCUACCUCUUUUAUAAUAUAUAUGUGACUGAUGACUCAUUCAUGUCGUCACAGAGAGGUUGACAUCAGUAUGAAACAUCAUAUAGAUUCCAUCACCAACACGAUGCCUUCACCCACAACAGUCUUCGAAGAACUUAGACGCGAUCAAUUUCUCGUCUAUAGUACCACAAUUGACGAUCGAUUAUUAUUUUUGUUCUUGUUACGAAUUAUUCCUUUGAUCAUAUCCGCGCGGUCUUCAAUUAUAUUCUAAGACUUUCUGACAUGUAGUCCAACAAUGCGAUCGAUUUUUCUCAAUGUUUUAAAAGCUAGUUAUUAUUUUUUCUAUGUGUUUCCUCAGUGACGUUCUUCCAAACGAUUCUUCAUAUCGAUCACAAAUGCUAAUGUUUGUUACACGAUACAUCAUGUAUAUAUUGCAGGGGAUGAGUCACUUAACAUUAAAAUAUCCGAAUGAAGCCGGAGAAAUAAUAUUGAAGU